AUGAUUGGAUCAAAAACGCGCCCCUGGGACACUGAAAGAAUCCCGAUUCGACCAAAACAAAUGCUCACCCUGCCCGAGAUGACGAAAGAAGAAAAGUUCAUGUCAAGACUGAUGGAGAACUGCGCGGUGAAGGCCGGCAUCUCGGGGGUCCUCGGCUACGGAGUGGGAAUCGCCUUUGGACUCUUCACCGCCUCCGUAGAUCCGCAACUCUCAAUGGUCGGCGGCGAUCCGACAAAACAGUUGAGCCUGAAAGAAACCUGGAGAGAGAUGAGUUCGCGGAUGAAGUCGUACGGAAAGAACUUUGGGUCUAUUGGUCUUCUGUUCGCAGGCACGGAAUGUAUACUGGAGACGGCGCGCGCGAAAACGGAUUGGCGAAAUGGGACGUACGCGGGCGGGGUUGUCGGCGCGUUACUCGGCUAUAGAGCAGGUAUUAAGCCUGCGCUUUUUGGCGCCGCCGGAUUCGCCGCCUUCAGCACGGUCAUCGACUACUGGAUGGGCAGACAU